AGAAGACCUUGUUCAAUUCUUCACAGUUCGUGCAUGUGAAAUACGUGUUUGUUUAUUUUCAUUAUGCAAGCAUUUCGAACACACUUUGCUUAAGAAGUUAUUUUAACUUUAUUUUAGUAAAGGAGUCGCCCUUAUUUACUCUGGGUGAAGAAUGGAAGCCACUCUGAAUAUCAGUGACUCAUUCUUGGAGUCUGAUGAUGAAGAGGAAGAGGAAAAUAAUCAGUCAAUCAAUAAUGUGGAACCGCUGGCCAAGUUAACCAUCUUAAAAAAUAAACAUAUACCCGAGACAGAGUUGCCGCUCUUUCUUGGAGACAACGUCCUGGGCCGUGACCCCAGCAAAUGCACCUUGCCCUUGCAAGCACCCUCCAUCUCCAAGCAGCAUGCCACCAUCUGCAUCUAUGCCAAAAGGAGAAAAGGUUGCAAUGAAGUGGACAAAGAGGCGUUAGUUUGGGACCAAGGGAGCGUGAAUGGGACCCGCAAAGGCCUCUCAAAGCUGACACCCAAUUUACGCUAUGCCCUCAGUGAAGGGGACCGCUUGGUGGUGGCAGACAUCCCAUGCCAGUUUUUAUGGUGCACAGCAGAAAUGCACAAGAAAUUUCUCAACGGAGGUCCAAAGGCGCUGGAGUCGUUGCCUGAGGACACAAGGAAUACCCCGGUCAGAAGAAAUCUCUUGUUCUCUCAGCCGACUCCAACUGACCCACGGGCAAACCUUGUAACAGCAUCUGACUCAGAUGAAGAAGAAGGGGGAGUGAGAAGGAGAAGGUGCCAGGCUCAAGUUUCCGGUUCAGAGUCCUUUAAAUCCAGUCCCACCUGUUCAACAUUCCUGAGUCCCACAAACAAAAUGGUUCUUGAAAGCGUGGAUGAGAGUCCCGUCACACCGCCAUCGUCCUCUAAAAACAGGCCUUGCAGACAUGUCAGCUUCAGCAAAGAGGAGACAGACGUGGAUGCAGGGCGACAGCAGCUAGAGGAAAAAAAGAGCCCAGCAAUAGUGGAUGUGGAUGAAGACACUGACCUAUUUCACAUGGGCAGUGAUACAGAUGUUGAUGAGGAUGAUGGUGCCUUAGACAAAGUUCCCAAAUCUUUGCCUUCCUCUGGGGACACCAAACCUCCUCAUGCUAUUUCAAUUACUCAGCCAGAGAGCAUCACUAUGGACAGUGACACUGAUGUUGAUGAUGAUGGUGCUGUGUCAGGUCCUGCAACAAAAGCAAAACCUGUGUUAUGUCAGAGUGCACACACAGCUGACUCUGCUCCAUCAACACAGCUGAAAGAUAUCCACCUAGACAGUGACUCGGACGUUGAGGAAGAAGAAAAGCAACAUGGAACAAACAAUACGGACAUCAAAAUGGAUGAAACUCUUGCUCGAUUAGAAAUCAAGCCAAGUAAACCUGAAUUAGCCCCUGCAGCUCCUCUUAGCCCACAUCCAGGCAGAAACUCGGACAGUGAAGCUUCUCCUGCCCCUGCUGUCAGUGAACCUUCAGAGGUGUCUGCUGUCACAGAGUCAUGCACCACUGAUGACAAAAGAGCUGAUUUGGAUAUUCUGUCAGACAGUGACACAGAUGUGGAAGAGGACUCUCCUCCAUUCAUGCCUGUUGCUGUCACGUCAACGUCAGGUUCUACUGACAGUAAAUCAAAAGCUCCACAGCCAGAUUCUGAUGCAGACACAGAUGUAGAUGAAUCCAGAGAGUCCACUGCUGGAGAAGGGGGCAUUCAAGACACCUUUGGUCUGGACAGCGACACAGAUGUGGAAGAGGACUCUCCUCCAUUCAUACCUGUUGCAGUGCCAUUAUUGUCAGGUUCUGCCGACAGUAAAUCAAAAGCUCCACAGCCAGAUUCUGAUGCAGACACGGAUGUAGAUGAAUCCAGAGAGCCCACUGCUGGAGAAGGGGGCAUUCGAGACAACUUUGGUCUUGACAGUGACACAGAUGUGGAAGUUAAAGAGGGAGAUUCCGAAGAGGCAGGAAAACAGCUUGAAGGAAUGGACACCCAGGCUUUCAUAAGUCCCUCUCCUGGACCAUUUAGAGGAAAACAGCUUGAAGAAAUGGACACCCAGGCUUUCACAAGUUCCUCUCCUGGACCAUUUAGAGGUGAUCACACUACUUUUUAUUGUGCCCCUGCUGGACGACCUAAAACCCUUUCUUACUUGUCAGACAGCAGUGAGGAUAGCGACUUUGUUGUGGCAGAGACACAAUCCUUUGUCCUUCAAACCAGAGAGGACCAGGAAAACCCUUCAGAGGAUCCCACCCAAGCUUUUUGCCUUGGUUCUUUUUGUGAUGGAAAAAAAGAACAGUCUAUUAGAGAUGGGUCUUUCCUACUGGGACUCCCUGAGAGCAGCCACCUGCAGGGACCGACUCAGGCUUUAGCUAUGGAGAGUACCCAAGCUUUUGUCCCAGUGGAAGGGGGUGUGGCUCUGGAGGAAACCCAAGCAUAUGCAGCCAAUUCAAACGCAGACACAUUCUCUUUAGAGAAUGAUGCAAAUCUGGAGGCUACACAGGAGUAUGUUGCGGAUGAGGAAGAUGCCAGAGGCUCUGUAGGAUCUGAAAAAGAAGGCCAGGUAGAUUUGGCCUUGGAAGCAACACAAUCUUAUGUAAUUGAGCCUCACUCUGAUUCAGAGGAUGAAUCAGAUGAAGGGGAGAGGAAAAGCCAUUCUUCUGCUGAGGCCCAGUCUUCAGGCAUUCUCAUCUCAUCCACUCUUGCCAUGGCUGAAACCCAAUCGACUGCCUUGGAGAAAGAUGAGGAUGAAGACAACCCAGUUUCUAGUUCAGAAGUCAAUACUGACCUUUGUGCUGCUGCAACUCAGCCUAUGGGUUCAGCUGAAGAUGAAGAAAGUGAUGAAGAGGACUCCGCUCCAGGUCCACGUAAAAAGAAAGUAAAACCGUUGCCAGUUGAGGAAGAGGACACACAACCAACCAGCAAGUCUGAGGCCUCUGCUGACGAAACUCAGCCUAUGGGUACAGCUGAAAAUGAAGAAAGUGAUGAAGAGGACUCCGCUCCAGGUCCACGUAAAAAAAAGGUGAAACCGCUGCCAAUUGAAGAAGAGGACACACAACCAAUCAGCAAGUCUGAGGCCUCUGCUGACGAAACUCAGCCCAUGGGUACAGCUGAAGAUGAAGAAAGUGAUGAAGAGGACUCCGCUCCAGGUCCACGUAAAAAGAAAGUGAAACCGCUGCCAAUUGAAGAAGAGGACACACAACCAAUCAGUAAUUCUGAGGCCUUUGCUGAUGAAAUUCAGCCCCAGGAACCAAACACUGAUGAGGGGCAUCAGACAGGAAGAGGGAAAAAAUCUGUUGCUGGAAGAAGUGGCAUCACUGUUAGAGGUUCAAGAGGAAGAAGGACAAGAUUAGGAGAGGAAGAAGAAGAAGAGACUCCUAAACCUCCUCAGAGACAAACAAGAGAAAGGAAAAAAGCUUUACCAACUACCAGAGGAAGGAAAAGGAAAUCAAAACCUGAUGAGACUGAGGAGGAGGAGAAAGACAACCCGCUUUCCAGUUCAGAAGACAAUUCUGACCUUUGUGCUGCUGAAACUCAGCCCAUGGGUACAGCUGAAGAUGAAGAAAGUGAUGAAGAGGACUCCGCUCCAGGUCCACGUAAAAAAAAGGUGAAACCACUCCCAAUUGAAGAAGAGGACACACAACCAAUCAGCAAUCCUGAGGCCUCUGCUGAUGAAACUCAGCCCCAGGAACCAAACACUGAUGAGGGGCAUCAUAGAGGAAGCGGGAAACAAUCUGUUGCUGGAAGAAGUGGCAUCACUGUUAGAGGUUUGAGAGGAAGAAGAACAAGAUUAGGAGAGGAAGAGGAAGAAGAGACUCCUGAACCUCCUCAAAGACAGACAAGAGGAAAGAAAAAAGCUUUACCAACUACUAGAGGAAGGAAAAGGAAAUCAAAACCUGAUGAGACUGAGGAGGAGGAGGAGGAUAAAAACAAGGAGCAAAGGCUUAAGAUGGAAAGAAACAAACAAGGCAAGGAGAAACUAGAAAGAAAAAGACAAGAAGAAGAAGAAAGAUUGCGCAUGGAAAAUGAAGAGAGGUUAAGGCUGGAACGAGAGCAAGCAGAGAAAGAGAGAAUUGAAAAGGAAAGAAAAGAACAAGAAGAAACAGAGAGAUUAGAGCAUGAAAAGGCUGAAAGAGAGAAGAAGGAGAGACUAGAAAAAGAAGAGAAAGAGAAAAAGGAAAAGGCGGAAAAACAAAGGGUCCGAAAGGAAAGUGAAGAACAAUUGCAGAGAGAAAGGAUGGAGAAGUUAGAAAUGGAGAGAUUAGAGCGUGAAAAUGCAGAAAGAACAGAGAAGGAAAGAAAGGAUAAUGAGGAAAAAGAAAAAGCUGACAGGGCACAGAAGGAAAAACAAGAAAAAUUGGAAAGAGAAAGAAAUGAAAAGAUAGAAAAAGAGAUACUAGAGCAUGAAAGGGCAGAGAGAGAAGAGAACGAGAGAAAGGAGCAGGAGGAAAAGUUACAAUUGGAGAUGGAUAAAAGGGUAUUAGAAGAAAGCCUUAAAAAGGAGAAAGAGAGACAGGAGGAAGAAAAAGAAGUCAAAGAAAAGCAAAUAAAAGGGCAACAAGAACACAAAGAGGAAGAAAAUGAUGCCAAAGCACCUGUAAGAGGCCGAAGAGCAGCCAGAAGAAGGACUGCUGCUUCGUCUACAACAUGGGACUCAAAUAUAUCAGCUGAUGAUGAUGUCCCAGUCAGGAUAACCAGAUCACGCUCCAACUCUGUCAGCUCAGAGAGGUCAACUCUUAGUGUUGACACUCCAGAGAGCAGGGGGAGAGGCCGAGGAAGGGGUGCAAAGAGGACCAGUGAGCCUCCUUCAUCAGCCACUGCAAGGCGCAGCAAUAGGAUAGUGGCUGCAGGGAUAACAGAACAGGACAGUGGUGAUAUUUCCUCUCAGGGAGCCCUUUCUAGGGCAAACUCCAGCACCUCCCUCAACUCAGAGAUUUCCAGCUGCAGCUUGAGCACUCGGAACAGAGGAAGAGGAGGCAGGUCAAGAGGAAGAGGGAGGAAAUUAGAGGCUGACUCUGUUGUUAAUAACAGUACUCUGACUGAUCAGAAUUCAACACCUAAACCUGUAGCCAGAGGCAAGAUGAGCAGAAGAGCUGAUGAGCCCUCUAUUGAGUCCCUCCAUGAAGAUGAUGAUAAAGAGGAGGCUGACUUGAAGCACGCUGGUACCACAAGGGGGCAACGGCGAGCCAGUAGAAAUACCUCUGCUGCUGCAGAAGAGGAAGGAACCUCAAAUCAAGAAAGCACAACAGAGAAUUCACACUCACAAAGAAAUAUCAGAGGCAAAGGGCAAAAAGGUGUCAAAAGCAAUGCAAAGGAUUCACCACCACCUUCUGCAGUUAAUGAAGGAGAUGGGGCUAAAAGAAAAGGAAGAAAAAGAGAGCUGGAGGCAAACAAAGAAGAGCCCAGCAGUAGUUCCAGCGUGGCUCAAGGGAGGGAGAAUGCCCAAAAAACAGAUGCAGCAGCAGCAGAGGAAGAAGCAAAAGGUGAAACUAAACAUGAGACACCAGUUCAAGCUAAGAAAAGAGGUAGACCAUCCACGGCUCAAGCUAAGACUGAGAAAAUGGAAGAUGAGCCUGUUGAGAGGAAAGUUAGAGGUCGACCAUCAGCAGCCCAGAACAAGAGAAAGGAGGAUCCGGAAGAAAGUGGAUCAUCAGUUGACCAGGAUGCACAUUUGGAUGCUUUAGAGCCUCACACUCCGACCAGCAUUGCAUCCCGGAAGCGACUGGCUCCUGCAGACUCCUCACCUGCUGCAAAAACCCCUCGCUCCUCCUCUGCUUCCUCUGCAGCUGGGGGUCGAUCUCGAGCUGCAGGCCAGGCCUACAAGGUGCUGUUCACAGGCAUUGUAGAUAAGCCCGGGGAGAGAGUACUGGCUCGUUUAGGAGGCAGCAUGGCAAAAGGUGUUGCAGACAUGAACUGUUUGGUGACAGAUAAGGUACGCAGGACUGUGAAAUUCCUGUGUGCAGUGGCCAAAGGAGUCCCCAUUGUCACCACACAAUGGCUUGAAGAGAGCGGCAAGGCUGGCACUCUCCUGUGUCCUGAUGCUUUUGUUGUGAAGGAUCCAGAGCAGGAGAAGAAGUUCAGUUUCUGUCUGCAAGAGUCUCUAAGGAUUGCCAGCAGUCAGCCUCUCUUACAGGGAUAUGUGAUCCAUGUAACAAAAUCAGUGAUGCCAGAGCCAGUUCAAAUGAAAGACAUCAUCUCCUGCAGUGGAGCUACUUUUCUUCCCAAGAUGCCCUCUUCACACAAGCCUCAGACUGUAGUGAUUUCCUGUGAGGAUGACUUGUCACUCUGUGGUCCGGCUCUGUCUGCUUCCAUUCCUGUCGUCUCCUCUGAGUUCAUUCUCACAGGGAUCCUUCAGCAGAAACUUGACCUUCAGACCCACUCUCUCUCUGCAUCUGCAAGUAAUCUACAACCUGCAGGAGGAAGAGGAAGGGGCAGGAAGAAGACUUAAUGGCACCUGAGUAUGCUGUAAAAAUCCACCAACUGUGACACUGUUUGUAUGUAGGAAAUCUGCCACAUUUAAAACUGAAAGAAUGUAUUUAAUAUAUAAUUAGCAAAAAAUGAUUGUUUGCUUACUCGAUUGUAAACUACAGACACCCUAAGCAAAUAUGCAACCAUACAUUUUAUCGGUCAAUUUUCCUGUAAGAAGUAAUUUCUGGUUGAUUUCAUAAGAUAUUAACUUCUAAGGCCAUUUAACCUAUCGUAAUGGAUCAUUUUUAUCUUUAUCUUGGAAAAAGAGCUUGUUUUUUUUGUGAUAACAGAAUUAUUUUCUGGUGGUAUAGAAAACAAAACAUUAGGCUGGGCACUCUGACCCUGUCUAUACAAUGCAGUAUCUAAUAACUCAGACUGCAUAUGGAGGUGGUCAGGAUGCCUAAAAACUGAUUGGAUUGGUUAUAUAGAUGUAACAUAAUCUGUAGUAUUCUGUUAGUGAACAGAAGCAUAGCUAAUUUAUGUGUUCAACCUUACUCAAAGUAAUGGUGCUUGUAGCUCUUUUACAAUUCUGUAUUAUUUGGCUGAUCUAAGUAAUACGGGCUGAUUUUUGUUUCUAAACAGCUCUUUAUUUUUUACCAUUUUGCCUAUUCUAACACAACAAAAACAGAACAAAAGGAGACUGUCUCCCAAACAGGAGCCAACACUUAUGUUCACAAAAUGUCACUUAGUAUCUGAAUGAUUAAAACGGAUCGUUAUUGCAUUGUAUAAACAACGUCCUACUGACCAGGCCCACACAAAUGACAUAAGUCUUUUUUAUGUUUUGGUCAGCGUUGCAACUUGGGAUGUUGAGAUAAGUCAAGAUCUUGCAAAGACAGCCGCUAAUUAAAUAAAUAAUCCCCACAGGAAGAUGGAAUAAAAACAAUGUAAGAAUGCAUUUCCCUUUAGAGCAUCUGUAGGAAACAUUUAGAAUGUAUAAUUUUUACGCCAUUUGAUGCAAUAUGAUGUGUUUACAUUCAAAUGUGUGUUGUUCUGUUUUUGUAAUAGACCCAAAUGGACGAAGUUGAAGUCAGGAUACUUGCCAAAUAGAAAGUUUUUUUAAUUCUCGAGUUUCAAACUUAACCGCUCAGCUCAGUAUUCUCUACCAAUUAAGCCUUGUGUUUGUGGGAAACUAUGCUUUCUAGAGUUGAAGAAGCUGUAAGAAAUGUUGCUGCCAUGCAGUAUGGGAAUAAUUACUCAUUAACAGUCCUUGUUGCUCUCCCCCUCUCAUCCACUGCUGUGCUCCAGCCGUCCUUUUUACCACUAUAACACGCAGAGUACAAAUUAAUACUGCAAAAUUGCUGCUGCUCCCCAUGUAUGCUAAGUGCUCCAACUCAAUCAGCCAGUUUGGCAGGUUACCAGCUGUGAAGUGGGAGAGGUUUAAUCAUGUUUGGGUGGAGGAAUAGAGGAACUGAUUUGGUCUGUUUUCAAGAACAUCAUCUGUGGGGAUCUGGAUGAAAAAGAAGUGAGCUUCCACCAUGAGAAGAAGAGAAUAGUGCCUUUUAUACCAAGGUAAUCAUGAACCUGGAUCUAAUUAUUCCUCUGUCUCCAUUAACCACCUCCCCCUAACUCCAUUAAGGCUACAUCCAAUCCUAUUACCUCCAGUAAUGAGACAAGAUAAGGCACCUGAAUGCUGAUGCCGCUUCUGCAUCAAUAUCUUCAUAGUCCAUGCCAUACAUUUACUAACUGUUUUCACUCUAAAUAGACAAGUCUGUGUUUUGAAAAAGGCCAGAAAACAUAGAUGAUUUCUCCUCUUAUUCAGUAUAAAUGUAUCUAUGCUGCAUCAUUGGCAUUUUUAAAAAUGCUCAUCUAAAUUCAAGUUUGAUUUAAGAAACCAUUCAACAGCAAAGAUCUCAACACCAACUUUAAACUUGUAGCAGACCAUGUAAUCUGUCUGUAAAACCAAUGACAACAUUAAAUCUUUUCUAUAUUGUGUAACUUAAUGCCUUUUUGCUUUUGCAAGUGUGUCAGUAAUUUGCAUUUUUGACUACUUAACUAUAUACUACUAAUAGUUGCAGGGAUGGUUUUAGUAAAUUGGAGGGCCCAGAAAAAGUCUAGCUGAGCCCCUUUCCUAUUUAGCUUAAAUUAUCAUAGCAAGCGAUAACAAUGCUUUGAAGAAUUUUCCAGGAAAAAUCCAGAGAAGUACAAAACCCACCUGAAAUACUCAACAGUGCUUGCUCAUCACCUCUUGGAAGAUCAUCACAGGGUGUAACUUAAAAAAAAUACAAAUAUAUGCUUACUUUUAGUGCUGUAUUCAUUAUUGUGCCACAAAUCACAUUUUCAAAAUGAUUUGCAUGCCAUUUUACUACACAGUAACUGAACAAUUCCAUGUUACUGUAUGCCUUCAAGUCUUUAUUUUCUUUAGAGGG